CACAUCCGGGCGGCUCUCUCGCUCCUCUUCACUCGCAGUCCGCUUCCCUGCGCUCUCGACCGGGGAGGUCCGUGGCUCUCGCCGAAGAAGAACUCCCCCCCCUCGGCCACACGCCCCCGAACCCCCGGCUCUCCCUCCCCCAGCCCUCCCCCCAGUCCCUCUCCGUCGUCGUUGUCGGCGGCGUUGCGUUCGGUACCGGGGGCCGACUGAGGCGCUGCUGCUUGCCCCCCUCCCCUCCCCGCACAGCCGGUCGCACAUGAAGCGAGCUCCGCCGCCGGUGGUGGUGGUGGUGGUGGUGCACGGCGCCGAGCGCUCCCCGUCGGUGCGACAUCUCCGCGCUGAGGUUGCAUCGCUGGUUGACCGUUGCUAACAACAUCGAUCUCUGCUGCUGCUGCUGCUGCUGCUGCUGCUCCACCCCCCUCCUCCAUCCUCCGUCCUCGCUUACCGAUCACAUCAACAGUUGAUUGAUAGCCGAACACUGGACCACCACCACCCCCGUCACCACCUCCACCCUCCCCCCAGACCGACCCUCAGCUCAGCGCAGGAAGCCCACCCGUGCGCUCCGCUGUUCGGAUUGCGGGCCCGCAGAGAGAGGGGGUACCUCCGGAGCUCUGACCUCCUCUGUGGUCCGUCUCCUCUCUACCUCAACACCCCGAUGCCUCCCCGCCCCUGUGCGUAACCCAUCCGACACCGGCUCUGCUGCUUUUGACAAUCCGACCAAGGAGCGCUGCUCGGCGGGCACAGACUGCGGCGAACCCCCGGCGGACAUCUCCGGUUCUCUGUCACCACCAAGUCUGGCUCCAGCUUUUUUUUUUUUAUUUCACACACACACACACACACACACACACACACACACACACACCUUCAACACCUCUGUUAUCCAGCCCCACAAACACAUCUUCCGUGACACCCGCCCCGCAGCGCCCGGGCCUCGGGUCUCGCCAUGCCGGGUCCGGUGGCCGGUAGCAAGUCCCGUGUGUACGCAGACGUCAACACGCUGAAGAGCCGGGAGUACUGGGACUACGAGGCCCACGUACCCAACUGGAACAACCAGGAGGACUACCAGCUGGUUCGUAAGUUGGGCAGGGGGAAGUACAGCGAAGUGUUCGAGGCUAUCAACAUCACCAACAAUGAGAAGGUGGUGGUCAAGAUCCUGAAGCCGGUGAAGAAGAAGAAGAUCAAGCGAGAGAUCAAGAUCCUGGAGAACCUGCGAGGAGGGACCAACAUCAUCCGACUGGUGGACACGGUCAAAGACCCAGUGUCCAGAACUCCAGCGCUCGUCUUUGAAUGCAUCAAUAACACAGACUUCAAGGAGUUGUACCAGAAGUUGACAGAUUACGAUAUCCGUUUCUACAUGUAUGAACUACUGAAGGCUCUGGACUACUGUCACAGUAUGGGAAUCAUGCACCGUGACGUUAAACCCCACAAUGUGAUGAUCGACCACCAGUUGAGAAAGCUACGCCUUAUAGACUGGGGCCUGGCGGAGUUCUACCAUCCAUCCCAGGAGUACAACGUCAGAGUGGCGUCACGAUACUUUAAAGGCCCCGAACUCCUGGUGGACUACCAGAUGUACGAUUACAGUCUAGACAUGUGGAGCUUGGGCUGCAUGCUGGCCAGUAUGAUUUUUCAGAAAGAGCCCUUCUUCCAUGGACAAGACAACUACGACCAGUUGGUUCGAAUUGCCAAGGUCCUGGGGACAGACGAGCUGUUCGGCUACUUGCGUAAAUACCACAUUGAACUGGACCCUCGCUUCAAAGACCUGCUGGGACAGCAGAGCAGGAAGCGUUGGGAACAGUUUGUGCAGACAGAGAACCAGCACUUGGUGAGUCCUGAGGCCCUGGACCUGCUGGACAAGCUGCUACGCUACGACCACCAACAGAGACUGACCGCCACAGAGGCCAUGGAGCACCCCUACUUCUACCCGGUAAUAAAGGAACAGUCUCUGUCAAACUCCGACAACAACAUGGUUUCCAGUGGCAACACUACAGCGCGAUGAAACACAGAAGUGGAAAACGAAGAAGGAUGUUUGUUACCUCAACUUUGUACCCGGUUGUGACAGUAACUUUGACAAGUGUACAGUGACAAUGGAUCAAAGUAACUCUGACCAGUUACACACACACACACACACACACACACACACACACAAACA